AGAAACCCACAACCCAACCACUGUCUGGUAUUCGGGGUGCAUGGCCGCGAACUCUACCCCACAUGCCCCACAUGUGGCUACGAGAGCUAGUAAACUAUAAUAACAUAUAAAGAGAUGUAGAUGCCGGAUACGUUGCUCUAAAAGCGAGGGCAUUCGUUCUGAAAGAGAAAGGCUGAAUUAUUAUAGUCAUGGCGUCUUCUCACGAAAACUAUCCAUCAGGGCCAUACGAGGUCGGAAAGCAUAUCGUUCCUCCUCCACGGCCCAGCUCACCAUCAACUACCGAGUACCGCCUCAAUCAUCUGAUGACCCGUAUCAAAGACCCAGAGAAGAGUUUGAAGUUCUACUGUGACUGCCUGGGCAUGCAUGUUGUUUUCAUCUUCAACGCUGGCCCAUUCACCAUCUACUAUCUCGGACCACGAGAUUCUGGUAUUUCCACCCUGGGCACCUCAAAAGGUUUACUAGAACUGUACCACAUUCCCGCAGACGCGUCUACGCCGUAUACUUCUGGCAAUGACUACUCUAAUCCGGCGGGAAUCGGCUUCGGUCACAUUGGAUUCACAGUACCCGAUGUCGCUGAAGCACUGGAAAGGAUCAAAAGCUUUGGCUAUGAGGUCAUUAAGCCGCUGGAUGAGGCGAAAGAGGAGCAGAUGGGUUUACCUGCGGAGGCUGUGGAAGGGAAGCACGGGUCGGUACCAGACGGCUACAAGCAUGUCUUCAAACAACUGGCUUUCGUGAAGGAUCCUGAUGGCUAUUGGGUUGAAAUCGUACCUCAGGUAGUCAAGCCGCCGAGUAGUUAGUGGAAGACCCAAAAGUGUGUCAAGCCAGAUCUCUCAAAGAAAAUGCUAUCCGACUC